AUGUACAUUUCAGGCGAUUCUCUUAUCGGCGCCUUCUCACCUUCACCAUCUGAAACACGAUCUGCAAUCUGCGCUUUUUCCCUGCAACGACUAAAGUUGACCUUUUGGUACAACAUUGACCGCUGUCGUGGUGGAGCCGAUUCAAUCGGGCUCCCACAUGUCGGCAGGGACGCUAAGUGCAUAAAUGUAUGUCCUUUUAAUUCCACGAAAGCGUUAAACACCAUAUCGGGAAGUCAGGCAAUCGAACAUUUGCAGAAGUCCCGCAUUCCGCUGGAUGAGGACACCUGUGAGUUGGGUGUUGGUGGCUCGAUCGAAGCUGUUGAGGUAGCGAUUGCCGAAGUCGAUCAGAAGAUCACAGCGCUUAGUGGUAUCGUUUCACCUCGAAUCGUUCUCGCCGGUACUCAGAACGGCCAGAUACUGCAGUUCAAAUCAAAAUCGCUAUCGAAUCUGGAGCAGUACGACAGUCGAAGUGUCGAAGAUGACCGAAUUGGCUCACGAGUUCAACAGAUUGAUAUUCGAGAAACCACGAUCUACGCAACCUUACCUAAUGGGCUGAUGACGCUUCCACUAGCAUCCUGUCACACUCUCUCAAUCUGCUCGGCUUGCAUUUCGUCACCCGAUCCGAUGUGCCAAUGGUGUCCAGCCACGGGGAAGUGCAGCGCAGCGGUACAUUGCCCUUCGGCAACGGUAAACGUAUGUCCGGAACAAAAUGGACCGCCAUCACCUGCAUCGAUGACUAUCGACGAUGCACGAAAUAUAUCACUUCCCAUCAAACAUCUGCCUCAACCCGAUGGAUUUAGAGAUUUCCUUGCAGCUGCUCUUCGUGUAGUUCCUCUGGGACAUUUUGCGAAUGGUGCCCGAAGUCGCGCAAAUGUAUGUCAAGUGGGAAAUGUGUUGAGGUAAGC